CAACACUCGCGCCACAGCUGCUCCGUUCCGGCUCCCGAUCGCCCGCGCUCCAGUCCCAGGCACGCGCCCCCUCGCCGCUCCCCGGCACUCUCGGGGGCUCCCCCGCCCUGCACCCUGGAGCGCCGCGCCGAGAGCCUCUGCCGACUCCUCUGGUUCCUCGCGGCGGUGCUCAGCGGCUGCCGCGCCCUCGCAGCAGAGAGAGGUUCUUCACUGCUGCAUUGGCCUCGUAACUCUGGCUGGACCGUGCACCCCUUGGGUAAAACGGGCAUCCCUACAGCAUGGCCGAUGACGACCUCAUCUUCCGCCUGGAGGGCGUGGAUGGUGGCCCAUCCUUCAGAGGUGACCACAAUGGUAACUCUGAGACUGACAGCGAUGAUGAAGGCUACUUUAUCUGCCCCAUCACUGAUGACCCUGGGUCCAACCACCAUGUUAAUUCCAAGGUCAAUAACUAUUAUAACCACCUAGUGAAAAAUGAUCGGUAUGGCUCCAGCGGGUCCCCAGCCAGCUCCUUCCACUACAAGGAAGCCUGGAAGCAUGCAAUCGAGAAGGCCAAGCACAUGCCCGACCCCUGGGCUGAGUUCCACCUCGAGGACAUUGCUACAGAACGUGCUACUCGCCACAGGUACAAUGCUGUCACUGGGGAGUGGCUAGAAGAUGAAGUUCUGAUCAAGAUGGCAUCUCAGCCCUUCAGCCGGGGAGCCAUGAGGGAGUGCUUCAGGACGAAGAAGCUCUCCAACUUCCUGCAUGCCCAGCAGUGGAAAGGGGCCUCCAACUAUGUGGCAAAGCGCUACAUUGAGACGGUGGACAGGGACGUAUACUUUGAGGAUGUGCGUCUGCAGAUGGAGGCCAAGCUCUGGGGGGAGGAAUAUAACCGCCACAAGCCCCCCAAGCAGGUGGACAUCAUGCAGAUGUGCAUCAUUGAGCUGAAGGAGAGACCAGGCAAGCCCCUCUUCCACCUGGAGCACUACAUCGAGGGCAAGUACAUCAAGUACAACUCUAACUCAGGAUUUGUCCGUGACGACAACAUCCGCCUGACACCACAGGCCUUCAGCCACUUCACGUUUGAACGUUCCGGCCAUCAACUGAUUGUGGUAGACAUUCAGGGUGUGGGUGACCUCUAUACUGAUCCACAGAUUCACACUGAGACAGGCACAGACUUUGGAGAUGGCAACCUAGGUGUCCGGGGCAUGGCUCUUUUCUUCUACUCUCAUGCCUGCAACCAGAUUUGCAAGAGCAUGGGCCUGGCUCCUUUUGACCUCUCGCCACGGGAGCAAGACACAGUGAAUCAGAACACCAAGCUACUGCAAUCAGCUAAGACCAUGUUGAGAGGAACAGAGGAGAAGUGUGGAAGUCCCCGAGUGAGGACCUUCUCUGCCAGCCGGCCCCCGCUGCUCCUCCGCCUCUCAGAGAACUCUGGAGAUGAGAACAUGAGCGAUGUGACCGUCGACUCUCUCUCUCCCUCCCCUUCGUCAGCCACCCCACAGAGUCACAAACUGGACCACCUCCAUUGGCCGGUAUUUGGUGACCUUGAUAACAUGGCGCCCAGAGACCACGAGUGUCUGGACAACCAUCGGGACUCUGAGACCAGUGGAGAUAGUGGAUUCCCCAGUGAGAGGAGGGGUGAGCUGGAUGACCCUGAGCCCCAAGACCACGGUCACUUGAACGGCAGACGGAGGUCAGAGUCUGAUGAAGACAGCCUGGGCAGUGCCGGACGGGUCUGUGUGGAGAAGUGGAACCUCCUCAACCCCUCCCGCCUCCACCUGCCAAGGCCUUCAGCUGUGGCCCUGGAAGUAGAAAGGCUUAACGCUCUGAAUCAUGAAAAGAAGAUUGGAAAGUCUGUUUUGGGGAAGGUCCACUUGGCCAUGGUGCGCUACCAUGAGGGCGGCCGCUUCUGCAAGAAGGAUGAGGAGUGGGACCAAGAGUCGGCCAUCUUCCACCUGGAACACGCAGCCGACCUGGGCGAGCUGGAGGCCAUCGUGGGCCUGGGGCUCAUGUACUCACAGCUGCCCCACCACAUCCUGGCUGAUGUCUCUCUGAAGGAAACGGAAAAAAAUAAAACAAUAGGAUUUAACUACUUAUUGAAGGCAGCCAAAGCUGGUGACCGACAAUCCAUGAUCCUUGUGGCACGAGCUUUUGACACCGGCCAGAACCUCAGCCCCGACAGGUGCCAAGACUGGCCUGAGGCCCUGCACUGGUACAACACUGCCCUGGAGACCACAGACUGUGAUGAGGGCGGUGAGUUUGAUGGGAUGCAGCACGAGCCCCAGUAUGCACUGCUGGCCAGGGAAGCCGAGAUGCUGCUCACAGGUGGCUGUGGCCUGGAGAAGGACCCACAGAGAUCAGGGGACUUGUACACCCAGGCAGCAGAGGCAGCGAUGGAAGCCAUGAAGGGCCGGCUCGCCAACCAGUAUUAUGAGAAGGCAGAGGAGGCCUGGGCCCAGAUGGAGGAGUAAAGCACCUGGAAAAUCACUGCCAGCUGGUCCGAAGCAAAAGGGCUAGAAAAGACUCAAGACUCAUUUCAUUUGGGAGGGAAAAGUAUUUUGGGGGUGCUGUAAAUCACCUUUUGUAUCUCAUUUUUUUGACUCUUGUAAAAAUUUUGCUACCAGCAGAGAUGCGACAUCUGUUGCUUAACACAGUAUUUCAGGGGAGUGGGGGGUUGAUAAUGUAGCCUAAUGAACCAACAUAAUUGCUUUAAGGGUCUGUUUUGAUUUUCUUGUCAUAAAAUGUAAAUGAGUGCUUUUUUGCCUUUGAUGGACAAUACUGGGGCUUUGCUCAUUAGCUUUUCAGGCUGGACUCAAAUUUUAGCCCUGUAUUUCAUGGGAAAUUAGAGUUGCACAUUCACUUCCCAAGAGGUACAUUUUGUCCUUAGUACAAAGCCUUCUUAAAGCAUUUAGAAGAAUGCACAUUUUUCAGUGGAUGUGAGAUUGUUCAAUAUCCAGACUCCUUUCAUACUUGGAAAGGGCCUACACACUGGACAUUGUCUCACUUUUCACUUAAAUUUCUUCCCACCAUGGGACUGGUUUUCUGGCAUACAGCCAUCUGUUUUUAAAGCUUCUUACUGUGGGCUUUACAAAAGAGGUUUGAUUUUCAUAUGCACACAUUCACUACCUCUAAGUCCUAUAGGAUAUAUCAUCUUGUGUGGAGGAGGGUGCAUCCCAAAGCUUUUACAUGUAAGAACUGGGCUUGGCAUGUGGGAGCCUGUCCUUCACGCAGACGUGUGCUCUGCACCUCAGGGGCAGCAUCUGUGAUGUGACUGAAGUGCCCUUGUACAGUAUUCCUCACCGCUCUUAUGUGAAGAGGUUCUGUAGAAUCUUCUCCCAGCCCUCAUCCAUGACAUUUUCUGCUUGAAGCUGCCCUGAUCUUGAAGUUCGCAGCAGGCUGCUUUCAGCAGCAGCCCCCUGAGAUUUAUCUAUGAUGUUUGAGAAUGAGAGGGCAAGAACUGUAAACACUCAUUAAUUCCGGUCAUUUCUCCAGGGCCAGGCUAUAGUUAUCUUUAUUUAAUGAUCUGUCUUUUUAAAAAAGAAUCCAGAUGUAAUAUUAGUAUGAUUUCAGUUAUUUCAAGUAGCCAAAAAACCAGGCUAUUUUGGUGAGCCCCAAAUGCUAACGCAACCUCUAUCUUUGUUUAAAAAUCAAACUCCAAAAAACAGAAUGUAAUACACAAGACUCUUUUUGAGCCACGGCUUCUAGCUCUACAACCCAGGCUGGCCUCACUUUGUAGCCCAGGCUGGUCUCGAACUUGCAACAGUCUUCAUGUCUCAGCCUCCUGAGUGCUGGAAUUAAAGGAGUGCACCACCACGCCCGGCUCACAAGCCAUUUUUAUCUGUCCGUUAAAACAGGUCCUUGAGCACUUUAGUGUGGAGCUAUACAGAAUCAUAAAUGUGUUCAAGCAUUGAGUUCCAAAGUCUCAAUUGUAAGUAAGUAUAAGUGUACCCUCCAAGGAAAAAACAAGUUGAGUCAAAAUUACUGUUGAAGUCCUCAGUCCAGUUGGAAAUGACAGUACUCCUAAUUCUUCUGUGUGGACUCCGCCUGGCCAGUUUUCCUUUAGAAGUUGGCACUAAUCACUUUUUUCAUCUGUGCUAGUUGGCUUAUAGUGGGUUCCGUGUGUGUUUUAAAUCAGUGCAUAUGGUUAAAUUACACAUGGUAAGUGUUAAAAGCAACUUUAUUAAAAGGUAUCUCUUCAGAGUAAUCAAGCAUCACAAUGGUUCAUGUUUUCUUGUUAAUUUAGCCAAGCUCUUCUUUGCAAUUUUAAUAUGCAAAUAAUUGUGUUUUCUGACUGUCAGAUUUUUCAGUUGCAUGUCAUCUUUUCUCUAGCACAAACUAGCAAGCUUUUUGGUAAUAGGCCAGAUAGUAAAGACUUUGGGCUUUGCUAGCCGUGUGGCCUGCAUUGGAACUACUCAACCCUGUCGAAGUGCAAAUUGACAUAAGUGCAAAGAUGUGGCCAAUGUUCCAGUCACACUUUAUUUACAAAACCAGUGGGCCUUUUAAGCUGUAAUUUGUCAGCCCCUGCUCUAACCCUUAGCCAGGGGCUACCUUUUAAAGCCUUGAAGGCAGGGCUUGUCCCAACUUUGUCACCUGCACGGCUUAAAAAUACAGUACCCUGGCCCAGUUGUUAGGAAUGAACAACGAAUGUGUAAACAGGGGAGCCAGAUCCAAUCAUUGCACUCUUGGAGGUUCUGCUUCUGCAGUCAAUGAUUUGUUGUCAGAACUGCCCUGAGCCAUCCUGCCCACAGUUCACUCCCCUGUCAUGCACGUGUCAGGAGAUGGUUUCUUUCUCCUCCAGAAGGCUGGGAUGGUCUGGAUGCAUAGUCACACAGAUACUGCUUCCUUUGCAGUGCUAGGGAUGUAAGCCAGGGUCUGACAGAGACCAACCAAACACUGACCGCUGAGCUAACUCCUCAAUCUCUUUGGAGACAGGAUCUUGUUAACUGCCUGGGCUGGCCUUCAACUUGAGAUUUUGCUGCCUCAGCCUCCUGAGUAGCAGGGAUUACAGGAGUGCACCGCUGCCCUAGGUAGCAAGUACUUCUAAAAGGACCCCUGAGAACAAAAAAGAAUCGUACAGAAUUUUGAGAUCCUUCUGAGCCAGGGAAAGCAUUUAUUCAGCUUUCACAACCCAGUUCUUAGAUGAUGGUGCAUUUCUGUAAUCCCAGCACUCAGGAGUCAGAGGAAGGAAGAUCAUUGUAAGUUUGAGACAGUCCUAGGCUACAAAGUGAGCCUGUGACCAGUCUGAACUGCCUAGUGAGACCCUGUCUCAAAAAGAACCCCCCCCCCCCAAAAAAAAACCAGUUCUGUGCCUUCUAAAAAACCAGAUCAGGCCUUUUUUUUUUUCCACAAAGAAUAAGCAUGCCAAAAAAUACAUAAUAAUAAUUUAAAACAAACCUAGGACAUUCCAGUCCAAUUCAGAAGACAUCAAUGACUUAUCUUCAAAUGUGAGAAGCAGGUCAGCGAGUCUAGAUUAGCAGAGCCAGGGUUAUCUGGUACUUUCAUUUCUCAGACGGAGACACCAGGUCUCAGGUAGAUCCUCUCACAGUGAUACUGUUAGAGGCUCAGCUGAGCUAGGGCUGGAGAGCUUCUGUUGAGGAGCCUGGGGGUAGAAUUUAAAAUGAAACUCGACUUAGGGGCUGGGGAUUUAGCUCAGUGGCAUAAGCACCUGCCUUGCAAGCAGGCAGUCGUGAGUUCAAUCCCUGGUACCAGUAAAAAGGAAAAAGACAAAAAAAAAAAUUUCAAAAAAAAAAAAAAAUGAAACUCGACUUAAAUAGCCUGUUCAGUUUUGCUAGAGGUAGAAGAAAAAUUAACUAGAGCUGGGGAUGUAGCUCUAUGGUAAAGCACUUGCCUAGCAUGCUUGAAGCCCUCUGUUCAACCCCAGCACUGUAAAAACUAAACAUGGGCAAGAUUGUGGAUAUAUCAAGGAAAGAACUAGACUCCAGUGCUUCAGAAUCUCCCUCUGCUCCUCCUCACCUGAGGCCUUUUGGAAGUUUAUCAUCAAAUGCUUUUUUUUUUUUUUUUUUUUUUGGUAGCAGGGAGGGGAUCAAACUAAGGACUUCGGGCUUGCGAGGCAGGCACUUGUGUGGCCUAGCUAAACCCCUGGCCAUCAAACAUUUUUUGUUCUACUUUCACUUCCUUCUGUCCCAGGCCUUUGCCUGUGGACUGACAAGUUUUACAAUCAAUAUUGUUUACCAAGUAGAUGGGGGUGGGCAGGGAAUAAAACAAUAAUAUUCA